UUUCACGACGUGUGUGCACCACGAGUCUGAAGAAACCGGGGUUGAUUAGUUUUUUUUUCUGAAGAACGAGUCCUCGAUUUCCAUUGAGACCACACGCACCGUGAACUAAACUCAACGGUAUAAUGGCAUUCUCCUGUUCAUCGAUCGUGAUCGUUUUUAUUGGCGUGGCCGCUUAUGUGGUGGCCGGACCCAUCCAGACCGGACCGAAUACGCUGCAGCAAAAUGAAUAUGGGGGAUUGGUUGAUCUCUUGGCAAGAUACAUGGAAGAUCAAAGCUUGGGCAACCGCAAUAUAGAUGUUCGUGGUAUUGGUGAAGGCCAUCUGUUGCGUCAGGGACGUCGAGGGUUGGAUUCGUUAUCUGGAGCGACCUUUGGUGAGAGCAAGAGGUUUAUACCUUACAGGCGACCCAGCGUGAUGAACGUACGGCCUGGUAAUUUCGACGAGAUCGACCGAUCGGUAUUCGAUCAUUUCUCAAAGAGGAACAUUGACGAAACCGAUACUGCAUUCGAUAGCUUCUUUAAGCGGAACUUCGAUGAGAUCGAUCGAGCUAGUUGGGGCGGAUUUGUCAAAAGGCUCAAUAAUUAUCUGGCAGAUAGGCAACGACGUUAACUGGCGCAAAAAGAACAGAAGAGAAGAGACGGGAGAAGAGGGGUAGAGAGAUGAAGAAUUAAGAAAAGACAAAGAAGAGAGGAGGAGGGAGGGGGCAAAAAGAAACGCAUUGAGAAAUAUCGCAGAAUGCGAAUUGUACACACUUGCUCUAUUAAAAAAAAAAAUCGUGUAAUCUAUGCAAAACUUUGGAAGAUGUUUGGCAUUAAGGAAAUUAAAAUCAUCUCUUUACUAUUGCUGUCCUUUAAUAACUGCAAAUUUAAAAUCGAACUGAUUACAUCAUACACACACGUGCGCGCGCACGCGCGCGCAUACACACGCACACACACAAAAUCGUGAGAUUAUUUUUCAAGCAAAAUUGCUGUAGACAUAUUUUUGCUGAUAAAAUAGCUGAGCAUAAUCUUUUUUUUUUUCCUCAAAUAAUCCUUUCUUUCUCUCUUGUACCAAAUUA